UCUUAGGCAUCAAACGAAGGGAGUGGAAAUCAGCAUUCAGCGGAAAGCCGAGGAAUUUGGGCGAGACAUUAGACAGUCGUCAUCAUUCGGGAAUUAUUUGCCUAGUUGCUUUGAUUUUGAUAUGAAAUGAAGUGUAACAGUAGAUGUGAUGCGCCAUCAGUUAUUGCAAUACAUUUUGCACCUUCCUCAUCUGAUACAGAUCUUCCGCAAGCUGAUUCGCCUCCUUGCCAUAUCGUUGCUUCUCCAACUGAAGACGUUGUUGCCGAGUUUAUCAGUCCAAAUGCUCAUAGCGAAAAUCUUCCGUUCGAAAAAAUGGUUAUCGAUCCAUCCACAGGUCGUUUGUAUGUUGGUGGAGUGAACAACCUGUACGAUUUAAACCAUCCUGAUCUUAGUGUUAAAGUACACGCUUCAACUGGCCCAGAAGAAGACUCUGUUGAAUGUCCAAAUAAAGCUUCUUGUUUAUCUUCGAAUGUGCGCAGAAAAACAGAAAAUUCUUAUACAAAGGGUUUGGCAGUUUAUGAAAGAAGUUCCAAGUUAAUCGAAUGUACGAGCCUCUUCCAGGGUCGGUGUCGAUGGCGCAAUUUAUAUAAUAUUGAUCAAAAAGAUGUAAUCAAAGAAUCUCAGCAACACAUUGUUGCGAAUGAUCAAAAUUCAUCAACUGUGAUAUUUGUUGGAACUUUCACUAGCCAAGAUAACACACAAAGUGAUGUACUUUAUGUGGCUUCAACUUUUGUGCAAAAUGGCGGACCAUUUCGUGAUGACGUUCCAGCAGUUGCAUCCCUGUCACUUGAUCAAAACCGUCUUUUUGAUGUCUCUGCGCAGGGAGUCGGCACAGGUACGGAAAUCAAAUUGGAACGGAAGUUUCGAGGACCGUAUAAAAUUGAGUAUGUUGGUGGAUUCCAAAGUGGUAAAUUUGCUUACUUUGUAACGCGGCAGCCGAAAGGGGAUACAACACAAGGAUCUUGGCCCUAUAUUUCCAAAAUGGUUAGAGUCUGUACUAGUGAUGCUCAUUUCUGGAGCUAUACAGAAGUUCCACUUGAGUGCGCAUACGAAAACGAGCUCUAUAAUCUUGCACAGGAUAUAUAUUUGUCGAAACCAGGAUAUGAUUUGGCAUUAUCUUUGGGUAUAAGUGUUGAGGAUGAUGUUCUAUAUGGAGUGUUUGUAAAAGGAUCUAGUCUGGAGGAAACGAUACCUUCAUCAAAAAGUGCGAUUUGUGUAUAUUCAAUGGCGAUGAAUUUACCUUGGUUCAAGUCGACAGAUCGAUGCAUCAAAACUAGGUAUUUGGGACAAGAAGUAUUGUGUGGCAAAGAUGUGAAUAGCCAUAUCGGGGGUGAAAUUCCAGUUGAGGGAACUGCUGCUUUAAUUACACAUGAUGCGCAAUUUACUUCUGUUGCAACAAACACAACGCGUGCAUAUACUGUUGCAUUUAUUGGAACGCAUGAUGGACGACUUUUUAAAGUUGUGAUAGAGAAUCGCAGUUCUGCUUUCGUAUAUCGCUCGUUAGAAAUCGGCGAUGGUAAACCAAUACUUCAAGAUCUGGAGCUGGAUGCUACUGGCGAUUAUAUCUAUGCGCUUACACCAAAGAAGGUAGUCAAAGUCAAAGUUCGUCAGUGUGGAGGAGCUAGUGACUGCCGCAGCUGUCUGGCACAGAGGGAUCCGUAUUGUGGCUGGUGUGUUUUGAAUAACGCAUGUGUUCCAGAAAGUGAAUGCACGAAAUCCAUACCAUCGACAGCGCAUGAUUGGCUUACUUAUCGAAAUGGACGAUGUCCUGCCAUAAGUAGGGUGGAGCCUGACAAAGUACAAAGAACCACUGCAUCAUAUUUGAACAUCGAGCUUGAAAAUCUGCCGAAUUUGGGAGGACAGUUAACAUGUGUUUUCGAUUUUGGCACUUUGGGAUCACUAUCAACACUUGCACAACCUAAUGGUGGUUUGGACAACCGCAUCAGAUGUCCAACUCCAAAUGGUUUGCCGGAAAUUCCAUUAGAUGCACACAGUCUUGUUGCCCGGCUUGCGGUUUCUAGCAGUAUUGAAGGACCACCGCUGGCACACACGAAUUUUACUUUUUAUGACUGUUCUCGUUUUAAAUUGUGCAGUGCUUGUGUUAGUAGUCCAUUUCCUUGUGACUGGUGUAUAGAAUCAAAUCAAUGCGUUGCUGGCUCUACUACCGAAAACCGUUGUCGUUCUCAACAGCUCGUCAAUGGAGUCGAGAGAACUGGACCAUCGAGUCGAAAAGGACCAUCACAUUGUCCUCGUAUUGUUGCGGCUGAAAGAGAUUUUUUUGUGGCGUCCGGUAAAAAUCGCCAAAUAUCGGUAGUAGUGGAAAAUGCAAGAAAAUUUAUGACAGACUUCAAAUGUCAGUUCAAAAUAGAACACAGUAUGCACGAAAGAUUAGCGAAAAAAAAAGACAGUACCAUCAUUUGUGAUGACAUGAAAUUUGAUUUUUAUGGGCCGGGAUCCGGAAAUGGUACCGCUGUUGCAAAUUUUUCGGUGAUCUGGUCCUCAGAGGGACGCCAUGGAGGUUUCGCUCUGGAUAACAAUCAAGGUAUAAGAAUUGUGAUAUACAAAUGUGAAUCACUUGCGUCGAACUGUGGAUUAUGUCUGGUGCUUAGUGGUGCGAAAUACGAUUGUGGCUGGUGUCCGGCUGAAAAACAAUGUACAAGAGAAGAAAAUUGCCCAGUUACAUCAAAAAUGGAUUACUGGCUAGACAGGUCUCAACUUUGCCCAUAUCCUGUAAUCACUAAUUUCAAUCCUAAAAAGGGACCCCUCGCUGGUGGCACCACACUGAUUAUUGAUGGUGUAAAUCUCGGUCAUAGCUACAAAACUGUGGAGGAAGCAGUGACGGCAGCAAACGUGCGCUGUGAUGUUGAUGAACUUUCUUAUGUUACUGCGUCACGAAUUGUUUGUCGGACCCGGCAAAGUCCAACGCCGAUACCAGCUCGUUAUCCUGUUGUUGUAAAAUUGCGCGAGGAGCACAGGUAUACUGCAAUCUCGAAUGAUAGUUUCACCUACGUCGAUCCUGUUAUAAGGAAUAUGGAACCCACAAAAGGGCCUCGAUUUGGUGGAACUAAUGUAACUAUAUGGGGUGAAAAUCUUGACGCUGGUACAUCCGUGAAUAUUUUAUUGAAUGGUAUUCGAUGCAUAGUAUUAAAUCGUACAAAUGAUAAAGUUGUGUGCAGGACGGGUCCUUCAGAAUUACUUACUGAUGGGUAUCUGAAAAUCAGUUUUGAUAGUUUUUCCCGGGAGUAUGAUAAUAUUCGGUUCAAAUAUGAGGAAAACCCUACUUUCGCACAAGUCAUACCUGAAAGGAGCAUUGAAUCAGGAGGAAUAAUAGUUGAUGUGAUGGGAACUGGGUUCAGAUUGCUGCAGCGACCCCAUAUGGUUGUAAAAGAUGAAAAGAGAAUAAUAAAAGGACCACAAUGCAAUGUUGUACGCGAUGACUUGAUUUUUUGCAAAACACCAAGCCUAGAAAUUCCUCAUAACAGACGGAAGCAUCCAACAGCUGAUGAACCACUGCUAUUAAAUUAUGGCUUCGAACUUGAUGGAGUUCAUACAGAGGAUAUUUCGCAGUUAAGUGGUUUUCGGAUGCGUCAUCUGGCUGUUUUCCCGGAUCCUGUGAUCGAAAAAUUUAGUGAUGUGAGAUUUUAUCGAUCGGGUGAUUACCUGACAAUAAAUGGCAAAUAUCUGGAUGCAGCUGCAAGGGAGCGAGAUAUACUGGUAACAGUAGGCGGUGAACCGUGCAACUUGACUGCUUUAGCAAAUCGUGCCCUCACAUGCCAGCCACCGCCUGAAAGACCCAAAGCACAAAAAUUUUCUUACGAUACGGAUCCGGAUGUUCUGGUGAAAAUAGGUGGCGUGAGUUAUCGAGUGGGCCGUCUAUCGUACAGCAUGAAAGGAGCCGGACUAUCACCACAUGUGAUGGGGGCUAUACUGGUACCAACUGUUUGCAUUAUUGGCGCCUUCUUCUUGCUUUUAAUUUUUUAUAGACGCAAAAACACUUCUCAUAUGCGUGAAAUGAAGCAUUUGAAGAACCAAAUCGAUCAGAUUGAGAUGAAGGUGGCUACUGAAUGUAAAGAAGCAUUUGCAGAAUUGCAGACAUCGAUGAAUGCAAUGGCUGCUGUUUUGCCCCUUGGAACACCUUUCAUACCUUUUCUCUCAUAUAAGGAAUACACGGCUAGGGUGCUGUUUCCGAACAGUUAUCAUAAUCAUCCAGUCUUGCGUGAUUUGGAAGUCGACAGUCAACGUGCACACUCCAUCGAAAUGGGUCUUCGAUCAUUCAACAAACUUCUGAUGAACAAACACUUCUUGCUUUCAUUUGUGCGCGCAAUGGAAAAUAAUAAGUAUUUUUUAGGCAAAGAUCGCGUGUCUGUCGGAUCACUCCUAAUGGUUGUGUUGAUGGAAAAAAUGGAAUAUUGCACCGAAAUUUUAAAGCAGUUGCUAAAAGAACUCAUUGAUCGGACAAUGGAAAAAAGGUUACAACCUAAGAUUCUCUUUCGUCGUUCGGAAAGUGUUGCAGAACGUAUGUUAGCUGCGUGGUAUACCAUUCUAAUGUACAGAUACCUUACGGAAUGUGCUGGUAGAAAACUCUACGAAUUGUACUGGGCGAUGAAGCAGCAGAUGGAAAAAGGCCCACAAGAUGCACUGACUCUCGAGGCGCGUUAUUCUUUAUCGGAAGAAAAACUUUUGCGGGCAUCAUUUGAUUUUCGGAAAUUAACUGUUUUUAUUGCUGCGGAUCAUCAUUCUUCAGGUGCAAUGGAUUAUCCGGUCAGAGUACUUGACUGUGAUUCGAUAACACAGGUGAAAGAAAAGUGUCUGGAUGCAAAGUAUCGCACAACGGCGUAUUCUGAUCGUCCUUCCGUGAAUGAUCUUGAUCUAGAAUUACGUUCGGCAUGUCCUAGAAUAAUUCUUCAAGAUAUUGACAGUACUUCAAAGGUUGAACCUGGUGGCUGGAAAAGGAUCAAUACUCUUGCUCAUUAUAACGUUCCUGAAAAUGCCACAUUGGCGUUACUUCCACGCCAAGCAUCUCUUUAUAAUCUCUCAAUUUUGAGUGAACGCUCGACAUUUUCGUUACCAAAACAAAGUCCUACACUCACAAGACCGUUCGGAACAAACUCAGGUUCUCAGUGCAAAGGUUUGCUGUCAAACAUGGAUUCUAAUUACAAGUUGUACCAUCUUGUGCGCCCUACCGAACAUGGCUUAUCUGAUCAGCAAGACAAAAUGGUUACUGAAAUAUAUCUAACUAGAUUGCUCACAAUGAAGGGUACACUUCAAAAAUUUAUCCAAAACUUGUUGAAAGUUAUAUUUUCUACUGCUGUUCCGAAUUCAGCUAUUCCUUGCGUGAAAUAUAUGUUUGAUUUCAUGGAUGAUCAGGCUAGAGAGCACGGUAUUGAAGAGAAUGAAGUUGUUCAUGCCUGGAAAAGUAAUUCCCUGCCCUUGAGAUUUUGGGUCAAUUUGAUAAAGAAUCCGCACUUCGUAUUUGAUAUUCAGAAACCCACAAAGCUCGAAGGUUGUUUAUCAGUUGUGGCCCAAACUCUUAUGGAUGCAUGUUCGACGCAGGAACAUCAGUUAACGAAAGAUUCGCCUAGCAGCAAAUUAUUAUUUGCAAAAGAUAUAUAUCAAUAUCGUGACUGGGUUGAUAGAUACUAUGCAGAAAUAAGGCAGUUGCCUCCAAUAACUGACCAGGACAUGAAUGCACUGCUUGCUGAAGAGUCGCGUUCUCAUUCACGUGACCGGUUUCAUAUUUUUAGUGCGCUAAAUGAGCUUUACAAGUAUCUGGAACAGUACAAGGAGUCUUUACGUGAAGAACUGGAUAUGAAUCAGUUUGCAGUCAAUCAGAAAUUACCACAGAAAUUCCAAGACAUGUUGAAUACAAUGGAGUGUAUAGGUGAACACUAUAAUAAUGGUACCAGUGGGACUAUAGGAAGUUUUGGACAUCGUGUUUGUCGAGGAAGACAACGGGAAGAUAGGGUGUAA